GAAGAAGAAGAGGAAGAAUGGUAGUGAUGCCGAAUCUCCCAGUCGACAUAACCAAGGAGAUACUCUCAAGGCUACCAGUGAAGUCCCUACUUCGAUUCAGGUGCGUAUCCAAACUUUGGCGAUGUUUGAUUAGCGAUUCUUACUUCAUCACUCUGCACCUCAAUCGAUCCAAGGAGAAAAAGCAGGCUUCUCUCGUUAUCAUAACUAAUGAUGAUGAUAGUUCAAUCUCUUACACAAUGGUAGAAGAGGUCAAUAAUUCUUCGUGUCAUAAUAAAUUUAUUGAUUUGCCUUUCUUAACUCGCAUCGAAUUGGGGAAUUGCGGGCGUAAGCUGGACGUCAUUGGAUUGGGUUUGUGCAAUGGGUUGUUAUGUUUUUCGUUGUCAAGGUUUGGCUGUAUUUGUUUCAAUGACCCCAUAUACCUUUUGAAUCCAGCCACUCGAGAACUAAAGGAGCUUCCUCCACAUUCUUCUCCCACUGAAUUAUAUCAGGGCGAACGUUUCACUUGGGUCGGAUUUGGGUUUGAUCCCAUGAGUAGAGACUACAAAGUCGUUAAGAUUGUAUACACUUAUAAUUGUGGAGGAUCCACAAUUCUGCGGAGCGAUUUCUGGGUGUACUCAUUGAAUUCCGAUAAGUGGAGAAAACUUGGAGAUGAUAUCCCAGUCCCAAAAUUGGACAUGAUCUCUGAUGCUUCACGAAGAACACUCCCAGUUAUCAAUUCUGCUAUUCAUUGGAUGUUAUGUUCAUGGAAGAUAUACUUGUUUGAUUUAGUACAUGAGGUGUUUAGAGAGUUACCACCUCCUCCUGAAAAAGGAUGGUACAUUGAUCUUUUGGUGAUGGGAGGAUGCCUUUCUGUUUUCUGUUAUACCCGUAAAUUAUAUUCUUCGUUGGUCGAGAUGUGGGUGAUGAAGGAAUAUGGUGUCAAGGAAUCUUGGACUAAACAGCUAAUCGUUUUUAAUUAUCCAUAUGGUUGGAAGUAUAAACCAGUACAUGGUUGGGAUUAUAAACCAGUAGAAUUAUGGAACGAUGAUGAAAUUCUGUUCCAGUACAAUGAUAAUAAUAAGAAAAAUAAGCUAGUUUUGUACAACACCAGGAGCAAGACAGAAAGGAAUCCUGGAAUUCAUGGACUUCCAACUAUGUUCAAAGCAUUUGGACACGCAGAGAGUCUUGUUAUGCUCAAGAGUGCAGGGGGUAAUGGGCGAAAGGGAAAAGAAGAAGAAGAUGAUGAUUAA